AUGGCUGAAUCACCAGCCGAUGGUGAUGGAGGAAUUCAGGGUAAGAGUCCAGCCACAUCCAAGCUGGAUCAGUUAUCAAGGGAAGAUCUCACCAAAUUUGUCAAGAAGCAAAUGUUGAUGCUGCAAAAAAGUAGAUCCAAGAUUGAUGAAUUAACAAAGAAAAUGACAGACAUGGAAGGAAACAAGUCUUCAGAUGGGGAUGAUGCUGGAAAUAAAGACAAAAUUCAGAAGUUGGAGGAAGAGCUGAAGACAUUGGAGCAAGAAAAAGCAGACAUGUUAGUAGCCUACCAGUCUGUGCAGCAGGCCCAAGAACAGUCCUUUGAAAAGUUUGAGGACCUGAAUACCCAAUGUAAAACACUUCAGGAAGAGAAGCAAAGGCUGGAGACAGAGUUAUCAUCUGUGCAAAAGAUCAGAAAGGAACUGGCAGAGCAGGUUGAGUGUAUGACUAUGAAGGAUGAGACAUCAAGCUCUUCAUUACAGUUAAUGCAACAGGAACAGGACAAACUGGUGAAGGAAAACAAGGACUUAAAAGCCCAGGCAGAGGUACUAUCAGAUGCUCGAGACAAGGUGAUGCAAAAGCUGAAACAAAUGAAGAAAUUGCAGGAGGCCCAGGGGACUGAGAGUCAGGGGCAGGUACAGCAGCUGACUGACCAGAUGUCACAGUUACAGACACAGCUGUCACAGGCUGACAAGGAGCUACAGGAGAGAAAUCAAAUGGUUGGUAACCUUGAAGAAGAAAUAGCCUCACUAAAAUCGAUGUUGGAGAAAGACCAAUCCUCAGCCAAAGAAUUAGAAGAUAAUUUGAAUGUAAGCAAGAAAGAAAAACAGUUUUUAGAGGAAACCAACUCCAAUUUGUCAAAACUGUUAGAGGAAGCUCAAACAGCCAAGGAACAAAUGGCCAAAUCUUUUCAAGAAGAAAUUAAUAUGUUGACACAAAAAAUGGAACAAGACAAGAAAAAUCUUCUAGAAAAAGAGGAAUCUAAGGAGGAUAUGGCUGUAUCCCUUCAGAAGGAGGUAGAUGAGCUGACUGCCAAGCUGAAACAGGAGACAGAGAAUCACAAGAAGGAUGUAGAAGAUUUGACAACAUCACAGAAAAAAUUCCAGGAGGAUUUCACCAGUACAAGUAAAAUAAUGCAGGACCUGAUUGAUGGAAAAGAAAAGAUGGUCGAACAGAAAAAAGAAUUGAGUGAUGAAAACCAGAGAUUAAGGAGUAUGUUGGAGGAAAAAAACAAAAUGGAAGAAAUAAGUGCUGAUGUAACUGACAAGAUGAAUGUUAUGGAGGAACAGAUGGCUGAGGCUGUGAGAGGACGAACAUCGGCAGAGAAAAUGUGUGAUGAACGUGUACAGAAAAUCAAAGAGUUAGAAAGCACUUGUGACACACUGAAAGCAGAUCUCCAGGUCCUCACGAAGGAAGUAGACGACAAACAGGCAACUUCCCAAAGGGACCAACUAGAAAAUGAAAACCUGAAAAAAGAACUAUCCACGCUGGCUAAGAAAGUUAAAGAAUUACACAGCACUAACGAAUCUCUUAUGUCUGCCAAGAAAGAGCAGCCUGCCAAAGGAGGUAAAAAGGGUAACCCAAGUGACCAGAAAUUCAAGGCCGUGCUACAACAGAAGGAGGAGUUGGUGUCAGAGUUAAAACGUGUAUGUGAGGAGCGUGACAGUCUGAAUGUACGUGUGCGUGAUCUGGUUGAGGAGCAAGAGAUGUUGAUGGCUGACAUGCAGAAGAAAGAGGAACAAAUGCUUGAAUGGGAACACAUGAUGAACAUGUUACAACAGGAGAAGGAACGCAUGCUACAUGAACUCGACGUCACCGAGGAACGUGAUCAAAAAAUUGUCGGCGAGCUAGACACAAUCAGAUGUACAAUGUCAGAGAUACUUGGGAUCCAAACAGACCCAGCAGAUGAUGUGUUUAAUGAGGAUGAAGAUGAUUCUGUAAUGAUGGCCCUGGAUAAAAUUAAAGGGCUUGUCACUCAGGUUGUUAAUAAAACUGAAGACCUGAAGUGUGAGUUAAACAAGGCCUGUAGUAGUAAUGGUGACAACUCCGUCCAACUUCAUUCCCUGAAACGCGAACUGGAGGAGGUCAAAAAGGAGAAAGAGACAAUAGAAUGUGAGAAAGAGUCACUGGCAGUCAUUGUUCAGCUGGCAAAGGAAAAAGAACAGGACUUGUCUACAGAAAACACUCAUUUGAAGGAGGUGAGUGAGAAUGGUGAUACAGAGAUGAGGGAACUGAGAGAAAUGUGUCUUAGUCUCAAGCAGCAGCUCGACGAGAGGGAAGAGGAGAAAGGUAAAAUAGCUAGUCAGGUCAAGGAGUUGGAGGAAAAACUGAGGGAGCGGCAGGGUUAUACUGAAGAACUAGAGGAUAAAAUCUUGGACAUGUCAAGCGCCCUGGCAGAGUCGAGGAAGAAACAUGAACAGUUCAUUGAAAAGAUGGAAACAGAUGGGGCAUCAGUGGCAGACACAUUACACCAAGAAAUAAAAACCCUUCAACAGAAUGUGCAGGCAUUGGAGGCAGAGUUAGCAACAGUCAAAUCUAGUCACCAGUCGGCUGUUACAGAAGCUGCAGAUUUGUCACAGCAGGUGAAGGACAAGGCAGUACAGUUAACACAGAUGUCAGACAGUGUUGGUAUCAUUGAAUCAGAACUCAAAAAUCUGAACAAUGAAAAACAAAAACUUGCUGAUGAGCACAAGGAGAUGAUAGCAGAAAAAGAUAGUGUUUUGACAGGACUUACAGAAAAAUUUAAUCAUCUUGAAACUAAAUAUCAGAGUUUAGCAGAAGAAAAAGAAAAAGUUUGUGUAGAGAAUGAAACAUUGCAAGAGCAGACAUUAUCUUACAAGACCAGGUGUUCAAAUCUCGAGGAGAACUUAAGACAGUUACAAACUUCCUUACAAGAAAAAGCAGAGAAUUCUUCCUCUCAUUCAGCUGUACUUCAAGAACAGAUCAGCAAUCUUCAGGAAGAAAAAAACCAGUAUUUAGCAACCUUGCAGGAGAGAGAAAACCAGUUAGAGCAAAUUCAAACUUCACUCGAUGAGAAAAUGAAGGAAAUUGACUCACUAGAGAGACAAUCACAAAGUAAGACGGAGGAGUAUCAAGAUGUUUUAAUGGAAUUAGACAAAGUGAAGGAUGCUCUUGAAACCAGGCAACAAGAAAACUCUGACUUACAGUCACAAAUAGCAGAAGCUAUUCAGCAAAGUAAAGCAUAUGAACAAGAUAUUGGGGCCUUAAAUGAAGAAAGCAUCUCACUGAAAGAAAAAGUAGAGAACUUACAACAAGUAAACACAUCACUGAUGGAGAGGAACACCUCAUUACAGGAAGAAGCACAGCAGGAGAUUGUAAACAAACAAUCAGAAAUUAGAGACUUGGUGGAACAGGUGUCUGUGUUAACAGAGGAAAUUAGUGAGGUGAAGGUGCAAAAGGAAAGCCUGGUCAGAGAUUUCAAAGAAAAAUGUGACGUUGAAACUCAGCUUAGAGCAGAAAUUGAGAAACUGGAAAGCAUUUCACAGUCAGUGGAAAGGGAAAAAGUCACUUUAGCUAAGAAUUUGGAAUCUGUCAGAGCAGAGGUUGAGGAUUUAAAAGAUGAAAAAGAGAAGCUUAACAUUGAAUUUGAAGCAGUGAAGGGCAAAUUGUCCACACUGGAGGACGGAGCAUCAGGAUCAGAGAAACAGCUCGCUGAAAUUUCUGGUCAGGUAGAGAAACUUAAAGCUGAGAAAGAGGCAGCUAAUGCUAAAAGUACAUCUCUACAAGAUUCAAAAGAUGUUCUUUCUGAAAAGUUGUCCAGCUCAGAAACUGAAGUAAACAAACUAAAGGAAGAGAAGGAAACUUUAAAUGAAAAUAUUAAACAACUUGAAAUUAAGGUAAACCAUUUGCAACAGUUAGAAAGUGAAAUUGAAAAAUUAACUCAGCAAUGUGUUGAGUAUGAGAAAGUGCUUAGUGAGAAGAAUGAAGAAAAACAGACAUUAGAACUCACUGUGUCAGAAACAAAUACAAAGCUUGCCACAUAUGUGGCUGACUAUGAUCAACUAAAAACAACACAUGUAGAAUUAGUAGAGAGUAACAACAAAGUGAAGGAAGAGAAUGUAGGAUUAGUGGAGGGCUUGGAGAAACUGAAAGUAGAACAAGUGGAGCUAGUAACACAGGUACAGAAAUUCACUCAACUGGAGGAGGAGAGCAAACAGAAAUCUGGUGAAUCAAGUGUUGAGGUGGAGAGGCUAAAGAAAGCCCUCAAAGAGAAGGAGGGAGUCUGUAACAAGCUUAAGGCAGUUGCUGUCAAGUGUAAGAAGGAGCUUGCUGAGGUCAACAAAAAGCUGGAAGGAGUGAAACAAGCAAAGUCUGACCUUGAGCAAAAACUAGAGGUCAUGGAACAGUCACAUAAGUCCGACUCCAUCGUGGCAGAGAGUUAUCAGACCCUGCAACAUGAGCACAAGAAGUUGUCCCAGGAAAUGGACGCUCACAAGAAAACAGCAGACCAGUACAAACAUGACCUUGAGCAGACUAUACAGGCCUCAUCAGAGGUCAAACAAAAACUUGCAAAUACAAAAGAGGAGAAAGACAGAAUCAACAACGAAAAGGAAAAAUUGAGUGCACAGAUUAAGGUGCUAGAGGCUUCAGUUAUGGAGCUCAAGUCCAAAUUAUCAGCAGCUGAACAGGAGACAGAGGCAAACAGAAUUCAACGGGAUGACAUUUCCAAAGAAAAAGCACAGUUACAAAGCAAACUAACUGACCAGGAGGAACGGUCAAAGGUGGACUUGGAAAAACAAAAGUCCAUUAUCACAGGCCUCCAGGGUCAGAUACAGACCAUGCAGAACCAUCUUGAGCAGGCAAAACAGGAAGCCAAUCAGAGCAAUAUGAUGGACCUCGAGAUAGCAGACUAUGAGCGGACUGUUCAGGCCCUGAAUGCACAGCUGACAGAAAAAGAUGCUGCUAUUGGAGAGCUGAAAGUGGAGAUAGAGAGAAAAGAGGAGAGAGUCAAGUCCCUACAGGAACAAAUAGAGGCAGUUGAUGAACAAAGAAACCAGUCAGAAGAGAGAGGAAAUAAAUUCAAACAAAUGCUGGUGAAAACCAAGAAAGAGUUAGCAGAUGCCAAGAAAUGGGAAACCGAACAACGAUCAUCAGAUGCUCACCUACGAGGCCAGAUGGAACACCUGAACCAACAGGUGGAGGAAAAUAAGAUACAAAUGAGUGAGCUAGCCGGAGAAAACCAGAAACUGAAGGAGAAGACGAGAUCAUUAACAGACUCUAAUCAGCGGACAAUACGAUCGCUUGAGAGCCAGGUUCAAUCCCUACAGGAUGAUGUGGAAGUGGCCAGGGGUGAACAGGGAGCCAUACAAGCCGAGUAUGAGAGUUACAAGGUGCGAGUACAUAGUGUGUUGAAACAACAGAAAAAACCAUCACAGGAACCGCUUAAUGAACAAGAAAAGAUAGAGAAGGAGAGGCUAGAAAAGGCAGUGGAUCAGCUGAAGAAUAAAUUACAGGAGACAAGUGAGACGUUGAGCAGUACGAGACAGGAAGUGACAGUGUUACAGGAGGAACACGACCGCUUGUUACAGAGACAUAAUAAAGUGUUAUUAGAUACACAGGACAAAGAGGACCACUACAGAAAAAGAAUGGACGAGGCCAACAAAGAGAAGGUGCUAUACAACAAAGAACUUCAGGAUACAGUCCAACAGUUAGCUGGUCAGAAUGAGUCACUGACAAACUCUUACAAGGAACAAAUCAAAUGUCUGCAUGAAGAUCAUCGUCGUGCAUUAGAUCUACUACAGCGACAACUUGACUCGGCAGAAAACGACAAUCUUCGCCUACAGAGGGAACUGCAGAAUCAAGUCCAGCACACUUCCAAGAUUCUGUCAGAACGAAAAAGUCCAGAGACAUUCCAUACUGUUCAAACCACAGAGUUCAUUCCGGACAUGAGACAUGAAGAGCGACAGGAAGGGGAGGGAUCAGAAAUAGUCGAUCCUGAACCAUGUCCAAAGGGAAGUAAUAAGACUGCUAUAUCUCCAAUGCCACUCGAUAAGUUACUGGUGGCUGGUCCAGAGGAUACAGCAUCAAAACUCGGUCAAAAUGCCAGUGAGGCAGUUCUUCAGGAAAGUCUUUUGACUGCAAAUAGGAGACUGGAACAUUCAACAGAGCUUCUGAACGAGUCUGAGGCAGCAGUAAUGAGGCUGACAGAGCAGGCCAAGAUCCUGAAGGAGGAGAUACGACGACUGGAGAGGAACCAGGAAAGGGAAAAGGAGGCAGCCAAUAUGGAAUACCUCAAAAACAUCCUUCUGAAGUUUCUGAGCCUGAAGGUUGGCGAUGACCGACAAAAACUGAUUCCUGUGUUGUGUACCAUGUUAAAAUUAAGCCCAGAGGAGAAGACGUUACUGGAUGCCGUAGCUCAGGGUGAAGACACUGGUCAAGGACAACAGGCUCAGGCUUCAGGUUGGGGGUCAUAUCUACAUCGUUGGUCAGGGCUGGCUGGCUAGUAACCAGUUAACUCAACACUGGUUAGCUAGUAACCAGUUAACU